GUGUUGCAGGAUGCUGUGCCAAAACAACCACUGCUCCACUGGAUCGAGUAAAGAUCUUGCUGCAGGCUCAUAACCACCAUUACAAACAUCUAGGAGUGUUUUCUACGUUGUGUGCUGUUCCCAAAAAGGAAGGCUACCUUGGGCUGUAUAAAGGAAACGGGGCAAUGAUGAUUAGAAUCUUUCCAUAUGGUGCAAUUCAAUUUAUGGCGUUUGACCAAUACAAAAAGGCAAUAAAGAAGCACCUUGGGAUUUCAGGACAUGUGCAUCGAUUGAUGGCUGGAUCCCUGGCAGGUAUUACAGCAGUGAUUUGUACUUACCCUCUUGAUAUGGUUAGAGUUCGUCUGGCAUUCCAAGUAAAAGGGGAACACAAGUACAUGGGAAUUAUCCAUGCAUUCAAGAUGAUUUACACAAAGGAAGGUGGUUUUAGUGGGUUCUACAGAGGGCUGAUGCCAACUAUUGUAGGAAUGGCUCCAUACGCAGGUUUUUCUUUUUUUACCUUUGGUACCUUAAAGAGCAUUGGACUUGCUCAAGCACCUAACUUGCUUGGACGGCCUUCCUUAGAUAAUCCUGAUGUCUUAGUUUUGAAAACACAUAUAAAUCUGCUGUGUGGUGGCAUAGCUGGAGCAAUAGCUCAGACGAUAUCAUAUCCCCUUGAUGUAACUCGUAGGCGAAUGCAGUUAGGAGCGGUUCUCCCAGACUCUGAAAAGUGCCUUACAAUGGUGCAGACACUGAAAUAUGUGUAUCAACAACAUGGAAUACGAAGAGGAUUGUACCGUGGUCUAUCACUAAAUUAUAUUCGUUGUAUUCCUUCCCAGGCUGUGGCUUUUACCACGUAUGAACUUAUGAAACAAUUCUUGCGCCUCAACUAAACUUCUUUAAGCUUUAAUGUAAAAGUUAUGUUGGUGAAUAAAUUACUUGAAGUUUAAUAUGUAUGAUACUGUGGCACUGCUGUUGUCUGACAACUUAAUUUUAUUUGCCAAAAUGUGGUUAAUUUCCUGGAGUCAAACUAGGAGACAAUUCAUAAUAAACAUUAGUUAGCGAUAAACAUUUUUUGCACUUAAUCUUAUAGGCUUCGUUAGAUAAAUGUUAAGAAUUGCACAGUUUUAAAAUUACACCCACAUUUUAUACGGGUUUCAAUCUGUUAGUUGUUUAGCUUUAUCACCAUUCCAGGAGUUAAACACAUGAUUAUAUUGCUUUUCAAGCUAGUAGUUAGAUAUCUGUUCUUCCUUAAAAUUUAAAUUAAAAUUAAUUGAAAAAAAUGGAUCGAUUUUCAUAUUCAGCUACUUGCCAGCUCUGUAGAAGCUGAACUCAGUAGACCACAACUUAACCUCCUUUUCUUUUUGCCUUUUGUACAAGUUUUCUGUAUGUUGAGAUCAAAGCAUGUAUCUUUGUGUGGGUACGUAAGAAAGUUUUUUCAGCCUCUUCAAUAAAAAAUGACGAGAUGUAUUUAACAUCAUCAGUAAUCUUGCAAUUUGGAAACCAGUUUCUUUGCAUGCAUUCUAUUCUAAAAAAAAAAAAUCUGUAUCUACACAAAUAAAAAUGGGGAACUUGUACAGUGACAAGUGCUAGAAAAGAUCUUAAGGCAGUUAGCAUGUAAUCUUACAAAACGUUUCUGUACCUUUUCUGUAGAGCUUAGUGUUCUCAAUUCAUUUUAUUGAAGGCUUUGAGUACGUUACAUACUUUGAAGGACUGGCUCUUGUGAACAGGUUUGUCCCUAGUUUAAAACAGGGUGACAAACAAGACUGCAUGCUGCUGCACUUAUGUAUUUAGGCAUAUGGACCAUAUUCAACCUCUGGGGUGUGGAGGAGGAAAAUGAAGAUUAUCUUAGAGUCUGUAUAUGUGUGUAUGCGUUAUUUCUAAAGUAUGGUAUGCAAUAGACUAUUACACUUUUUCUCCUGCAGUUCCUUGUAGAGAGUUAUCGUUCAGACUCGUUUAUACAUAAUUUGCAUUGGUACUCCUGAUUUUAUUCACUUGAAUUGAGAAGCUGUAAAGCAUUUACUUAAGUGAUAUAAGUUAUUUAUUUAUUGCAAUAUUUUAGCAGUGUCCUUUAAGAAUUGGUGGAUUAUAUGAUCAAUUUGCUUAAUUUUGAAAAAAUUGACAGACUGGAUUUUGAGUUAUGUAUCUCAAACCAACUUUUAUGACUCAUUUUUUUUUUUCUAGUUUCUUAAAAGUAUCUGUUUCUUUUAUAUUUAACAAUACAGUUAUGGGCAGAGAACAAGAUGUAUUUGAAUUUAUUUUAUUAAAAAUUUUGAAUGAA